AUGAAGGGAACUAUUCGUAACAUAAACUUACCAGGUGUGGUGAAGACGAAGAAACGGGUUUUCAUAAUUGGCAUAAUCGUGUUUUUGAACUUGGCCAUUCUUCUCAGUAUUCAUCCACACGCAGUCACCUCCAGCAAGGCUGUCACCUCGGUAGGAAACCAUAUCUCGGCCUAUUCUCCGUUUAGGCUGAAAACUCCCAUAUCAGAGAAAGCUGGUGGCCGUGAAGAAUCACAAGCAGCAAUUAUAUUUCCUCUGUAUUUUGAGCAUGCCGAAGACGAAUUAGCAUACUAUUACAAGACAUUUCUCAAGCAAGAGAAGACCAAUAAUGAUCUCAAAUUCAUCAAACAUAGUGGACCGUCGGCACCUAUUGUUCAAGAUGUUGCACCAGAAAACUUAAGCACAAAUCAGUUUGAUGUUUUUGACUUUGCUGAAGGCGGAAAGAAGUGCUCACCUCUUCGUAAGAAUAUAACCGUUCAAGUGAGCAAACUGCAGAGAUUUGAUGAGCUUUUGCCCAUUGCUCACACAUAUAUCGAACAGAGGAAACGAGAUCCAGCUCUUGCGGAACUCGAUGGGUUCAUCAAAGAAGAUAUUCACGAACAGAUUCUGUCCAAUAAGCUCAACAGGCAUUGGUACAAACUCGCAGGAUCAUCUGUGUGGCUCAAGGAAUAUGGAGUCCAUUUUAUGGUGUCUCGUGUGAUGUAUAGUCCACAAGGAAGCAAGAGACGUUCACCAUUAAGUUUGACCUAUGCACAAAUUUUCGAUGAAAAAUGGAACGAAAUCCAUAAUGGAGAACUUGUGUUCCCUUAUAGAGGCUCAGGAUCUGACGAAGAAGUGGAAUAUACCAAGAUGCAAUUUCCUUCUUUCCUCCCAGUACCAUUCUUUCACGACUUCAAAUAUCAAGGCAAACGGUUUUAUGGUGCCGAAGACCCUCGCUUGUUACUUGUUAAAGAUGAAGACGGCCACGAUGAACCUCUCAUGGUAUACAACUCCCACCACCGCAAAAUCGUGGACCGUCAACUUGCCGACGAAACUCAUAUGAACGUGACUUUAGACAGUUACAGACUGAUGUUCAUGGCUUGGCCAUUUCGUUCUCAAAAAGGAAAAGACGUUAUCAUGGGUCUUGAGGAUCCCAGGUAUUCAGACACCACAUACAUCAAGGCUGUAGAGCUUCGACUUGACACCAAAGAGAGAAUCAAGACACAAAAGAACUGGACACCAUUCAUUAGUGAAGUCGACAGGAAUCAAUUGUAUGAUGAAAACAUCUACUUUGUUUACAGAUGGGAUCAGCUAGAGGUAUUAAGAUGUCCUCUCACCAAGUUCACGAAGGAGGGUAUGUCUGCUUGCCGUCACGUUUACAGAAAGGAAAAGAACCCAAGCUCACAAGUGGGUCCAUUUAGAGGUGGUACUCAAAUGUUGAGUUUGAGAAGUAUCAUGCCAAGCUUAAAGUUGCCAAAAGACAAGGAAGUGUGGAUUGGUUUUGCCAGAGCACAUCUCAAGAACUGUGGAUGUGGAAGAAGUAUGUAUAGGCCCAACUUGGCGGUGAUAACGAGAGUGAAAGGACAGUUUCAUGUGAGCCAUGUUGGAGGAUUUACUUCCUUGAAUGUAGCAUCACAAGGAUGGGGAAUUGCCAAAUACCAAUGUGGACCUAGAGAUGCAAAUGUACUUAUUCCCAAUGGUUUAUCGAGCUGGAUAGCAGAAAAGGGCAAGGAGGAUACUUUAACCGUUACCCUUUCAGUCGCUGAUGAGUCCGUGGAGAUGGUGCAUGUAAAGGGAUUACUUAACAAAUUGUUCGAAGAGACCUCGAUCAUCGAGACUGGGCAAGAUAUCCCCAAUGACAACACGGUGUUGGAAUGUGGAGUGAAAGCAUCGAACGACUUUUGUAAAGCUUAUGGCAUUGCUCAAAUUGAUCUUGGAACCUUGGAUCCAAAGUCUCCUUUACAGCCCAAGAAACCAGCAGCAUCUAGAAGUAACGACGAAAAAGAAGCAAACAAGUCGGGCACAAAAGAAUCUAAAAAGUCGUCGUGGUUUAAUUUAGGUUUGUUGUAA